AUGAACAACCAUAAGCUACAGCACCACCCCACCCCCACGUACCUCAGGGUGACCUGGACAGGUCAUUCACCUUCCGGGAGCACCUGAGGACAACAGCAGUUUAUAGAUAUUACCAUACUAGUCGAAAUUGAAUGGCUUAGCAAAAUCCCUAAAGGAAAUCCACUCCUGAAAGGCUUAAAGGUCCAAUGCAACCGUAUUUUAUUUAUUUAUUUUUAUCUCAAUAACAAAUAAUUUCUGGGUAACAAUUAAGUACCUUACUGUGAUUGUUUUCAAUUAAAAUUGUCAAAAAGAAACAAAAGUCAGGGCCGGCUCUAGCCUUUUGGGGUCCCUAAGUGAGAUUUGGUUGGUGGGAGGCCCCCACCAAGCGGGCAAAUGUUUUUAAUGUAUUUAUGUUUUAAAGUUAAUUUCCUGCAAUUCUACACAUUUUGCCAUGGGCGUAGAGAAAAUGUUGCAGUUUAAAGCACGUUUUCUGUAGUUCUACAGAUUUUGCCAUGGGGCAGAGAGAUCUUUUUGCAGUUUUAAAGCAAGUUUUCUGCAGUUCUACACAUUUUGCCAUGGGGCUCAGAGAAAAUUGUGCAAUUUUAUAAAACAUUUAAUAAAAAAUAAAAAAGCAGGCAUGGUAAAAAAUAGUUGGAUGUUAGUCUGUGUAUGAAAUGGAUAUUAGAGUGGCUAACAAAAUCAAUGGGGGCACCCUGGAGGUCAGGGCCCCUGGGCACGUGAUUAAUCGGCCAUGAUUACUACAAGUUUAGAUAACAAAAAAUUGUUAGCUGACAUGGCUAAUUGAGUGACUGUCAGUGAUUGACAAAACAAGAGAAAAACUGCUUUUGAAAUUGCACCUUGUGUAUUAUACUAUUCUAACUCUCAACAGAGUUGAGACCUCGACUGAGUAAAAAAUUAAAUAAAACAUUGGUUGGUUGGGGCCCCCUGGCAGCCGGGGGCCCUAAGAGAUCACUUAUGUCGCUCAUGCCUGGAACCGGUCCUGCUGGGAGUGGAGAGGAGGAAAGAGAAAAUUAGCUGUUAUUUGCAGAGAGGUUUGGAUCUCUCUUUCUUAUUGGUGAUGUCACCAGGCAGGCCAAAACUCAAUCCCACCAAAACAGGUUGACAUUUCAAGCUGUCUUUUCAAAAAGCUCUUACAUUAAAAUGACCUUAUCAUUUUCACAAUUUCAUAGUAUUACUCCAACCUCAUAAUGUGGAAAUAUAUAUAAAACAUAGGAAAAUCACGUUUUUGACUGCACUGGGCCUUUAAACAAUGUUUACUCCAUUAUGCAUAUGAAAGCAGACAAACAAACUAAGCUACAAACAGUAAGUGAUAGCAAUCUCAGGGAUAUGGAGAUAGAUACCGUGACCGAAGACCAUUUCAGAUAGAGAGAGAGAGAGAUAAAUGGUGUGUAAAAAGUAUGUUUUCCCCCACCCCCACCCCUGGUUCCAGGCAGCCAAUGGAUUUGUGUCCCUGGAGAGAUCUGUGGGUAUGAGCAGGCCCACAGGCUGUUUGGGAAACUACCCUGGGCCAGCCUCUUCCAUCCCACCAUCAAGCUGGCCAGAGAGGGUUUCCCUGUACCCCAGGUCCUGAGCCACUUUAUCCCACUGAUCAACAGGGAUGAGACCCUACCAUUAUGA